UAAAGUGUGACGAGGAAUUCAAACAAGUUGGCCUUUUGUUAAGUGUUAACCGACAUUUGAAAGGAGAAGAAGAACCGCUAGGACCGGAGCCCCGACAAUGGCGAGAAACGCAAGACAACUACCAUUACCGGCGACCACCGGAACAACAACAAUAACCCUAACCCUAAACAACUCAUCAGAAUCCUCCUCCUCAUCAUCGUCUGAACAGCAGCAGCAUACAACAGAAACCCUAACUCUGAAAUUGAAGCCGAAGAAGAAGAGCGUUUCAUGGAAGCCAGGUACAGUGGAUAACGAAUUCCUCAACAAGAAGAGCUCUAAGAUUUGCUGUAUAUUUCACAAGGAAAAGCCUUUUGAUGAGGAUGACAGCGAUGACGAUGAAAAUAAAAAUCAAUCAAAUAAGAAGGUUCACCAUUGUUGUAAAUUGGAGGAUCACGGUGAAUCCAGUACCAGCAAUUGCUAAGAUAAUUAAUCGGCUUUGGAUUUCCUG